AGAAUUGGUUGUCACAAAUACACUUACUAGUUUUAGGUUGGUUUGCAAAUCAAUAAGUAUAAAACAUUCAAGUCUUCGGCGGCCAGACCACAAGUGCGUCAUUCAUUGUAGUAGUCAGUAGCCACUGGUUGUGGCAUCGAUUUCCACUGACCCUGACCAAGUGCGCUCGAUUUUAUUGCUUCGCUUCUCUCUGCAUUGCAUCGCUCUCGCUCUCGCCUUCCCACUCUCCCGCUCUCAGCGAUCAGGAAACAAUCAGUUUGCAUUUAGCAUGACUGAAAGUUUGGAGGACACACCCGAUGCGGGGCUGAUGGGCUCCAUAGCCGAGCUAGGGGGCGUAUCGCCGGAGGCACUGCGUCUUCUACUAACACUUAUGGCUGGCUAUCCCAUCGCUGCGCUCUACACCAAAUAUGUUGCAGAUUUACCCUUGAAGAUGCUGCAUCACGUAUUCUUCUUCACCUGUGGAGCUGGCCUCUGCUACUUCAACUAUGGCGUCGGCACAUAUCACUCGCUGCUGGGCAUUCUCGUAACAUAUCUGCUGGUCCUGUUCUUGCGACAGAACAUCAAGCUUUUGAUUGGGCUGAACUUCUCGUUCCACAUGACCUACUUGCUGCUUGGCUACUUUUACACAUCCAGCAACGAGUAUGACAUUCUGUGGACGAUGCCGCACUGCAUUUUGGUGCUGCGCAUGAUUGGCUUCGGCUUCGACAUCUCCGACGGUCUCAAGGCAAAUGAGGCUCUGUCCAAGGAACAAAAGGAAACUGCUCUGCCGCAGGUACCAUCGCUUUUGGAGCUCUUGGCAUUCGCGUACUUCCCCAGCGGUUUCCUGAUAGGACCUCAGUUUCCCAUGCGUCGCUACCAGAACUUUAUCAACGGAGACUACCGAAGGCACGAGGGCAAUGUGGAGGCGGGCAUGCGUCGCCUGGCUGCCGGCGUGUUCUAUCUAAUCGUUUGUCAGGUGGGGCUGAGCGUACUGCCCGACUCGUACUUCCUUAGCCCAGAGUUCGCCAAGGUGGGAUUCAUCAAGCGGAUCUACCUGCUCGGUUUUUGGGCAAAGUUCAGCCUGUACAAGUACAUCUCGUGCUGGCUCCUCACCGAGGGCGCCCUCAUCUACAUUGGCUUCACCUACAAGGGCACGGAUGAGCAUGGCGAGCCCGACUGGUCUGGCUGCAGCAAUGUGAAGCUGGUCCUGCUGGAAACGGGCAACACCAUGGAGCACUAUGUGCAGAGCUUCAAUGUGAACACGAACCAGUGGGUGGGACAGUAUAUAUACAAGCGCUUGAAGUUCCUCAACAAUCGCACGAUCAGCUAUGGAGCGGCCCUGGGUUUCCUGGCCAUCUGGCAUGGCUAUCACAGUGGCUACUACAUGGCUUUCCUCAUGGAGUAUAUGGUUGUCAGCACAGAGAAGCAGAUCACAAACUUCUACGACAAGGUUGUCCUGCCCCGAUAUGGUAACUUCCUGAACAGCUCGGAUGUCUACAAAAUUCUUUACUUCGCCACCCUGAAGUCCUACAACAUCGUCUACAUGGGUUGGUGUCUGGCAUCCUUUGUGUUCCUCAAGUACGAGCGCUGGAUCGUAGUCUUUGAAGCCGUGAACUAUUAUGGCUUCAUCUGGCUACUCAUCUGGGCAGCCUUCUAUCAGAGCUAUCUGUACUUGUCGCGCUUCGGCGGCAAGAGCAGUGCCGACGCCACCGGCGGGAAGAAGACUCAGUAGAAACGAAGAGUUUUUAGUUUUUGCCUCACGAACAUUGUUUGGAAUUAGUACUAACGAUGGAUCCAUAUUCUUUUUACUAAUCUACUAACCAAAUCAAGUAGUUUCCUACCAAAUAAUAUGCCACUGUAAACGGAGAUUUGUUAAACACAAAAACACACGCAAAUAUCGAUUCGAUUGCCUAGUCAAAGGAGAGGAGAACUUAUCCCCAAAAUACACACGCAGUGUGUUUCAUAAAGAAUGGGACAGCUGUCUUAUACUGCCCGAAGCGCACUGCAGAGUCUUAAAUAUGUAAUAUGAUACCUAUAGAUUUGUAAAUUAUAUAAGUGUUGACACAGCAAAUGUUCGUUCAAUUAGUAACUAACUAAGCCCCGCUCACCAUCUAAGACUUCUUAAUGCCCACUUGUAUGAUAGUCCGGAGGAGUCGUAACUAUUUUUUAUUUUGUUUGCUUAUCCUGCAGCCAUCUUAAACGAACACCACCCGACGAGACUUAAAUCUAAGCUAUAAAGACAAUUUUAUACCA